UUUCCUUUACAGUCUGCGCUGCCGCUGAUAGAAGCUCUGCCCACGCUGUUACACAGCAGACACAGGCCAGCCAGAGUGCUCACCUGAUCCGUAGCUGCUGCCGGCUGCCUCUCCCCCCCAGCUAACCCCACAGACCUCCCGGGCGUCCGCACCCGCAGCGGAACACACGUCUGCCCAGCGGGGGACUCGCCAGUGCUGCCACCUUAAUACACAACAGGGCAGCCAAUCGGGGGUCAGCGCACAUUGCGCCUCCUUCACAAGUGCGCUGUGUGCAAUGCCCACUCUGCACACACGUGGUUACGGCCCUGGUGGACCCCACUGGACUCUGGGGUCUGUGUGCAGUGUACCACACACACUGCACCCAUUAUAAAUACGCCAGUGGACUGGAUCAGUCAGAUGAUGGAUGCUGCAAGUUCUUAUGAUGAACUGGUAAAGAUUUCUGCUUUUGGGAAAGAAUAUUAAAUACCUGGCAAGAAACGAAGAUCAGAACUUACAUUCCAGAACUAAAAAAACAGCAUAUCUGGGGAGAAAGGUGUUGAAUGUUAUCACCGCAUGAAUACUUUAUCAUGAAGACAGAAAAUACACCCUCGUCAUGCCAAGGACAUUCACCUUAUCUGGGGCUUGAUCCCAAAAUGAAUGAAAUGUGUGCCGGUUGCAGCAACGCCAUCUCUGACAGGUUCCUGCUAAGAGUAAAUGAGAGCUCAUGGCAUGAGUGCUGUGUCAAGUGUACGGUGUGCUUGCAAAUCCUCUCUGGGACCUGUUAUUAUCGGAACCGGCAACUGUACUGCAAAGAGGACUAUGAAAAGCUAUUUGCCACUAAGUGUAACAGCUGUCUGAAAACAGUGAUGCCAUCAGAACUAAUCAUGCGUGUACUCAACAAUGUUUACCACGUGGCCUGCUUCUUCUGCUGUGAGUGCGAGCGGAGGCUGGAGCGAGGAGAUGAGUUUGUCUUGAAGGAGGGUCAGUUGCUCUGUCGCAGUGACUAUGAAAGGGAGCGAGAGAUGCUCAGCACAUUCAGUCUGACACCAGCUGGAUCAGUUAAAAGUGAAGACGAGGAUGGGAGUAAUCUCAAUGGAAAAGGAAGUGAUGAAGCAAAGGAACUAAAGCGAUCGAAGAGGCCAAGGACAAUACUUACCACACAGCAGCGCAGGGCAUUCAAAGCAUCAUUUGAAGUGUCUUCCAAGCCAUGCAGAAAGGUGAGGGAGACACUGGCAGCAGAAACAGGUCUGACCGUGCGUGUUGUUCAGGUUUGGUUCCAGAACCAAAGAGCCAAGAUGAAGAAGAUAGCCCGGAGACAACAGCAACAAGACCAUGAACAGCUAGGAGCACAACGCCUGGGGUCUGCAUGCGGGAAUCGCGGGAACAGUAGACAAAGUAACGAUGAUAGUGAAGAUGGUGGCAGUGGGAUAGAAGGUGUUAUGGUGCCAUAUUCCAGAAUGCCACAGCAGACACUCCUUCCAUUGGAUCAAGCCGUCUACAGCACAGAUCUCUACAGACAGGGUCUCACACCUCCUCAAAUGCCUGGUGACCAUUUACAUCCAUAUGAUGCAGAUGUUUUUCACGACAUGGACAAUGAUGGUCUCAAUUAUCUAGGUGGCUCUUUACUGACAUCCUCCAACUCCAACAACCUACAGGCUUGUGCUGGGCCCAUUGAUCGCUUGUACUCCAUGCAGAACUCUUACUUCGCCUCCUGACCACGACAAGUAACAAAUGCAAUUUUCACAGAUGUUCUUGGUGUCAACACGUAAUCAUUUCAGCUAACAUCCAAACUAUCAGGACAUGAAGAAUGUAAAGUCCGAUUUAUGGACAACAUAAGGAGACGGCCCAAACGUUAUCAUCAGUGGCAUCUUCUUCAGGCUGAGAAAUACAGUCCUAAUACAUCCAACUACUUCUACAAAAUAUUGAUGUUAUUUAUAUAGUUUUUUCCCCCCUCAUUCUGUUAUUUAACUGUGCAGCUGAAAUGUACAAAAUAAUUUCUUCAAAGAGUUUUAUAUGGCAUGCUAUCUUUGGAAAGCUUUUGAUGUAAACAAUAGAUUUAUGUUCCAGGAUCCAUUUAGCUGCAUAAAAUCACCAUUUUGCCA